GCAGCGCGCAGAGGGAAUGGCGGAGAUCGCUUGCUCGCUGUUUGAUUACCGGGAGCCGCCGACGCUGGACAGCGACGGGGAAACCAGCAAGCCGCCGCCGCCGCGAGGACGUGGCUGUGGAAGGAAAAGGAAAGGGACACCAGUGAAGGUGUGCGACAGAGUCUUUGCUACAGAGGAUGAUGAGGAGAGCACGUCUGAGCACAGCUAUGGACCAGAAAAAGGUGACGGCUGUGAGGAAACAGAGAACCGACACAGAGGGCCUGAUACAGAUGGUCCAUACUAUGAAACACAAUCUGCUCAGCUCUGUGUGGGUGAGGAGGGCACUAGUGGAGGAAGAGUGACUGGGUCGUACCCCUCGCCACCGAAUUGUCGCAUUCGCGAGGUGCACUGUGGCAAUCAAGUGCGACUGAUCGUUAUCGCGAUCCGUGACAUCGCUAAGGGGGAGGAGAUCACAGUGGACUACAGUUUAACAGAGUGGGGAGAAAACGCUGUGGGCUUCCAUGGCACUGUACCUCUGAGUAGCUUCGAGUGCACCUCUGACCACGAAAGUAACGUUAAGAAGAUAAAGGACGAGGAAUCCAGCCGAGUGCCACUUUCUGUUUCAGAAUACCUCACACCUUCCUGGUCUCUCUCGCCCUCCUCGUCUCCUCUCUCUCAUUCUGAGCCCAGCGACUCAGACAGAGACUCCGAUGAUGCCAACGCAGAGCCGCGGAUGCGAGCGCCUCAACGCCACAAGAAGCAUAAUGCCUCUUCGGCCACAACAACUACGAGAAAACCACUUCCGAGCCAUCCACCCUCGUUUCCUUGCUCACUCCCCUCUUCCUCGCUGCAGCCUACUGCUCCCUCCAGACCUGUGUUUAAGUGCCCAGCGCCUGUAGGAGUUCCCGCUAAUAGUGUCAGUGUGUCAGUGGGUCGUGGGCAGAGUACCGUAGCACAAAAACAGCGCUGCGUUUACUGCCGCCGCCACUUCCGAUCUCUCCCACGCCAUCUGAACAAACACCACGCGAACCAGCCAGAUGUGCGGUCUGCCCUGGACCAAGCCCAUUCCUCUGACCAACGCCCCUGUUUACAGAAUUCCCUCCCGUUAUCUUCCAGUACGAAUUUCCAAUGUCCACAAGAGGCUCAUGUGACGGGCAUUGUGGUGGGAACGCCACAGUCACCUCCGACUUCUGUGUCACCUAUCAGAAAAAGCCCAGCCCUCUCCAGCCCCACUCGCAAAAGUCCCGCCCCACAUCCGACGACCCCACCUAGAAGAGGAGGUGUUCCGGUGUCUGUAUUAAAGAGGAGCCCACCCACUCCUGCUACUCCCUCCAAGAAAGGAGGACGAAAAGUCAAAAAAGAAAAAGAGGAUGUCAAUGUUUGUGAGAAGAUGAAGGAAGAUAAAGUGAAUUCAGCGUUUGUGGUGCAGGAGAAGAAGUCGGAGCCAAAAUAUGAAAAAGAAGAGAGAGAAGAAAAUGGAGAUAAAGAUGAUGAAAGCGGAGCGGAGGAUAAAAAUGACUUAUUAAGUUUGCGUCGUCCCCACAUGCUCCCGCUUCUCUCCUCCCUCUCCUCUUUGGUGUUAUACCUCAGACGGCUGCAACACUCCGCCUUCAUCUCGCUUUCUCGCUCGCCGCAGUCGGCCGAGGCGUGGCGACUCCUGUGUCACUCCAGCCUGGCUCUUCUCAUCCUCUUCAACCGCCGGCGUGAAUGCGAAGUCUCCAAACUCACCAUCACUGAGUACCAGGCCCGCGUCACACCACAGUGCCCUGUCUCUGUGUCGCCAGGAGCACCGCAAACCCUCACCCCGCUCGAAGCCGCGCUCUCACCCUUUGAGCGGAUGGUCCUCCCCCAUCUUCCCCGUGCUGGGGUCCAGGGGAAGCGCGGCCGCGUGCAGCCGCUCAUCCUUCCGCCACACUCUGAAGCCUGCCUGGAGAUGCUUUUGCAGACACGUGCCGGCAUCGGCAUUGAUCCCCAGAACCCAUACGUCUUUGCUCGACCGUAUCAUUCUCCAGCCACUCCUCUGCGAGGGACAGACUUACUACGCAGUCUGGCCCGGGCCAGCGGUAGUCGGCACCCGCGGGCUCUGACACAGACCCGCGUUCGCAGGCAGGUGGCGAUACUUACGCAGCUGCUGUUGUUAAGUGAAGUCGAGGAGGAGGGGCAACGCGGAGCUGCCACACAGAGAUUGGAAAGCUUCUUGCAGAGAGAGUAUCAUGUGACGCAGAGCUGUGCCACCAUCGGCCAGGACCCUGGGCUGAUGGGUCUGAUCGGACGGGUCGUGCUAUGCGGAGAGAGAGAUGGUGUCUUGUUUCGGGGAAUGAGUUUGCAUCACAUCUGUUUGGAGUUGGAUGUUUUGUCGGGAAACUCUGCAGACUCUCUGUCAGAGGAGUCCGAUGCUGAGCAGAGUAAAGUGAAACCAGAAACAACUUCUCCGUCCGCCACUAUCAUGAUGAAGAAAACCACAAGCAACAGCAAAUCUCCCCGACCGAAAAAGAUGAGCGGCAACUCUUCGGUCUCUGUGGGACGCAAGAGGACAUCAGGACAGCCCAAACCUGGUAAACGUGGCGUGCUAAAGCGGCCUUGGUCCGAGGCAGAGCGAGCAGCUGUGGAGUCCCACCUGGUGCGUAACAUUAUGGAGCUGCGCGUGCCCGCCAAAGCAGACUGCGAACGCUGUCUGGAGCUCUGCCCCCUGCUGGUCACUAACCACCGGGAUUGGAGGGCUGUUAAAUUCUACUGCCACAAUCGUAUCCAACUGCUCAAGAAAACCCAACAGAGGCAGGGUCCGUCUUCCCUGCCCGUAUGCUGAGGCGGUCAGCUUGCAGGCUCCUGGGGACGUCAGUGAAAAUAGUUAAACGGUACGGUUACGGUAACCACCGAAUAAGGAAGGCUUUAAUUAAUGUGACGUCGUUUGUGAUUUGUGUUUAGUGUGUAAAACAUGAAAACGAUACCUUUGGUACAAGGACACUCUGGGAAGGACAUGUAAACUUGUUUUGUGUACCUACCUAUCCAGUAUGUCACAACUUUGACGAAAAACACUACUUGUUGUCCGCACAAUCAAUGUGAGCUUUAUUACUGACGGUUUGAAAGUAGAUGGACAUAUUGUGACCAGCUGAGAGUCUGAAUUGCACCUCCAGUUUUAUCAAGACACAGAAAGAGGCAAACUGGACACUUUGUGCCUUGAAGGCAGAAAAAAAUCAAUCUUAUUUACACCAUCUAAAGAUAGUUAUGUUAUGAAGGACAUGAAGUAAUUGGAAAUAAUAUAACAAUCUCUUAUCAAAGUGUAUUUGUUUAUUUAUCUUUGCUUAGUGAGAUUACUCUCAUUUUUCAAUGAGGUGCCAUUACUACGUUUCAUUGCAGAUGUUAUUAACUGAUUGAACAACAAUGGUUAAUUUUUACACUAGUAAUGGUGUAACAUCUUUUAACCAUCCAGCACUGUCCAUCCUGUUACUCUAAACCCGAUAUGGAUGUUUGAGUUACGGUUAUUUGCUUUGUAUUAAUCUGUCAAAGCUGUAAUAGGCUUUAUGCCCAGCUGCACCACUUCCUGAACUUCAGCCAGCUCCUUGUUUCCUGUCUGCCAUUAUUGGACAAACUGAUUAAUCCAGGUGUGCCUGACCUCAGUUGUCACAAACAAACUGAUUAAUCAAGGUGUGCCUGGCCUCAGUAGUCACAACAACAAUAAUCAGACACA